AUGAAACUAAACGUCCAUAAAACAAAUAUAUUUAUUUUCUUAGAUCACCCUGUAAGAUCAACAUCAGAAACUAACUCCUUAUUUUCUCGUCUCUCUUUCGCCAUCUCUUGUUGUUCUUUUUCUUUCUUACUAUUUCUGUUUUUCUCUAUACAUGUCCUUUCUUUUCAUUUCAGUUUUCUUCUUUUCCAUUUUAAUUUUUUCCCUUCUGUUCUCUUACUUUCUGUAAUCAUUUGCUCACUCAUUCAUUCUCCUUCCUUUUCUUUUUACUGUCUCUCUCUCUCUCUUUCAUUCAACAGCAUCAUCUCACUCGCCUUCUUCUUAUCUAUUUCUCUGUUUGUUUUUCGUUUUAUCAUCUUCAUUUCUUUCUUUCUUCAUCUUAUAUUUCCUAUUGUUUUCUUUUCUCUCAGAGUCUUUCCAAAUCGAGCGCAUUUUUACAGUGUUCAGAUUUUAAACAGAAUGUCUAUGUGUAAUAUUAUAUUUACUACGAAAACCACAGUAGUUAUUUUCUCUCUCUCUCUCUCUCUCUCUCUCUCUCUCUCUCUCUCUCUCACCUGUCUUACACAUGCACUGCAGACGAUUAUAUCUUCUAAUCAUAUAUACUCACUCCUUGUUUUGUCCGAACCCUUGUCACGGUUUUAUUUUACGUUUUCUUUACAUACACUAGAAGAAUUAGUAGUCAUAUUAUCUUGA